GCUGCACAGGGCUCUGGGGCGUGGCUUCCUGUGAUGGUGUGGCUUCCAGGGUCGUCCUGUAUUCAUGGGUGGUGGCUAUGUCCUUGCACGCACUGCGGGCAACUGUCCGCGUCUACGCAGUGGGCGUGGCCCUGGUGGUGACGCAACUGCUGCGGCGGCUCAGAAGGGGCUUCGCGCCGCCCGAGCUCCCGCCCCAGCCUGGACGCGUCGCCAUUGUGACGGGCGGGACGGAUGGCAUCGGGCUGAGCACCGCACGGCAGCUGGCGCGACUGGGCAUGCGAGUUGUCAUCGCCAGUAACAACCUAGAAAAAGCACCGGAGGUCGUCAGGAGCAUCCAGGAGGAGACAGGAAAUGAUGCUGUGCAGUUUCUGUUCUUGGACCUGGCCUCCUUGGCAUCAGUCAGAAAGUUCGUGUCUGACUUCCUGGCUCUGGGGAUUCCCCUGCACGUGCUGAUCAACAAUGCUGGCAUUAUGCUGGUUCCCUGUGGAGAGACUCUGGAUGGCUUUGAGAGCCACCUGGGCGUCAACUUCUUGGGCCACUUUCUGCUGACAAGGCUGCUGCUGCCCCUGCUUCGAGGAGCUGGCAAAUCUGGGAAGUGGGCACGCAUCGUCACUGUCGCAUCAGCAACGCACUAUGUUGGGGAACUGGAUGUGGAGGACCUUCAGGGACGCUCUGCCUACUCCCCCCAUGCGGCCUAUGCUCAGAGCAAGCUGGCACUUGUGAUGUUCUCACUGCGGCUGCAGUGGCUGCUGAAUUCACGCUGUGACCCCGUGACCUCGAACCUGGCCGACCCGGGCGUGGUGGACACAGCGCUGUACCGCCAUGCGUGGUGGGGCCUGCGGGCUGCCCAGGGGGUGCUGGGGUGGCUGCUGCUCAAGACCCCAGAUGAGGGUGCCUGGACUUCUGUCUACGCUGCCGCUUCCCCAGAGCUGGAAGGCAUUGGAGGCUGCUACUUCCGCGACCUGGAGUGGACAGAGCCGCUGGGGGCCGCGAAGGACCAGAAGCUGCAGCGGUGGCUGUGGGCAGAGUCGUGCCGGCUGACAGGGGAUCCUGAAGCGGAGGAUGGAUGGGAUGAUGGCAGCUUGGAUGAUGUCACUUCCUUUCCUGUACUAAGGGCGUUUCCAGUGUCUUCAUCGGAAGGGCCGCCACGGGAUGGAGGGGGAGUCUGGCGUGGCAGGAAGUGACAGCCAUGCCAGUGAUGCAGCACACAUAGCUGAAUGACAAAGUUAAUUGCAGUGACUGGGGAGGUAUGUUCUCCAUGUAGUACAUUUCUUGCCCAUGUCGGAGGCGUGGAGUUACAGGUGGAAUCAGUGCCACCUUCUGGUCUGGAUGGGAACUGCAUACAAGUGGCUCACAGAUGUUCGGCAGACAAAACACCUUAAGUAUAAAUAAAAGCACCUAAAGCCAGACAUGUCCCAAUAUUUCUUGGCAGUCAUU